AUGGCGUCACUUACACAGUCCUUAUCACUAACGGCGCUGUCCCUUGCCGUGCUCUGCGCGACACGAAUCUCCGCCCAAACAUUCGGCGCAACGCCGCUGAUGGGCUACAACUCGUACAACCAACUCGGCUGCACGCCCACCUCGUCCACCAUGGAAUCCGCCAUCAACGCCCUGUCCUCUCGUGGCUUUGUCGCCGCCGGAUACACGUACUUCCAGAUCGACUGUGGAUGGUCGGCCUCGGACGGGGCGCGCAAUUCGAGCAGCGGCGGCGCGCUGGCGGUGGACACGACGAGGUUUCCCCGGGGACUGCAGGCGUUGAGUGAUCUGGCGAGGGCCAAAGGGAUGCAGUGGGCGAUGUACAGCGAUGCCGGGGUGCGGAUGUGCGAUACGCGAGUGCCGAGUCCGGUGCUUGGGAGUUUGGGCAGCGAGGGCGUUGAUGCUGAGUAUUUCAAGAGUCUGGGGACGGUUUAUGUGAAAUAUGAUAAUUGCUAUGUCGACGGCCCUGGUGCGAACCAGAAUGCGCCGAAGGAUCCCCGUACGGACUUCGUAUCGCGCUUUUCGGCCAUGUGGAAUGAGCUAAAGCGUGUAGGUAUUCCGGGUAUGUUGGUCUGUCAAUGGGGUACGCCGUAUGCCAGCUCGACGGGCUUGCAAGGGCCGAAUUCCUGGACGAGAGGGAUCAGUACCUCGUUCAGGCUUUCGGAUGAUAUUGCAACGGGCUGGGGAAACGUAUACCGGAUAUACAAUCAAGCGAUCCAUGUAGUCAAGUCUGGGCUCAUCGGCCCAGGACACUUUGCAGAUGCGGAUCUGCUGGAAGUUGGGAACCCGGGGAUGACGUUCGAUGAGCAGGCAAGUCAUUUCGCCGCAUGGGCGAUGCUGAAGAGUGCUUUGUUCGUGUCGACGAAUAUCACUGCCCUGUCGACUGAGCUGCUCAAUGUCUUGCAAAACAAGGAUCUCAUAGCCAUCAAUCAAGAUUCCGCUGGUAAGCCCACCACGCUUGUUCAACGAUACACGGGUGAUCACGACGUAUGGAUUGGGGACCUUGCGAACGGUGAUAAAGCUGUGCUGGUCGUUGACUUGAGCAAUGCCGCACGCCAGCUCAGUGUCCCGUUCUCGCUACUGGGCAUCAUGUCUGCGAAUGCAAAGGAUCUGUGGAGUGGUACGACGACAAAUGGUGUUACGUCUUUCAGUAAGAGUGUCAAAGCACAUGGUUCGAUCGCACUGCGUCUUUCUGGUAUCAAGACAUCUUCGACUGCUGCGCCAACAUACAAUUUUACUGCUGCCUCGAAAGGCUCUCUCGCGAAUGGUGCAAACGUUCAAUCUUGCUCCGGCUGUACGUCGAAGAAUAAAGUCGGAAACCUGGGAUCUAGUGCCAACGGACGGCUCACACUGUCCAAUAUUCGAACUUCGCAAGCAACUCAGGCAGUUGUGUUUGACUAUAUCAACGGUGAGAUUGGCUACCUUGGCGGAAGUAAUAAUGAACGUCUUGCGAGUAUCAGCGUGAACGGAGGGACACCAAGGACAGUGAGCUUCCCCGUGACAGGAUAUAAUUGGGAUGCAGACGUCUACAAAAGCUACGCAGUGGAGCUGUCGGGAUUUAGUACCACAGGCGUCAAUACAAUUGCAAUAUCAGGAUCCGGAAGUGGAUAUGCGCCAGACUUCGAUCGUAUUGGGAUUAUAGCGUAG